UUUGGUUUCCAGGAAGUGCCGCGACCUGCUGUAGACGGCUAGUGAAGGAAGGAGUUUAACAAAACAAAACGCGGACAGGCGAGUCUGUAGCGAGAGAGAGCUUUGUGAGGAGCACUCUAGUAGAGAAGUGAAACGUGUGUCCAGUUAUCGGCUAUUUCGGACUGAUUUUGCUCACAUUAAAUUGAGCAAAGGGGCCCGAGACGCGACUGAAAAAAAAAAAAAAAUACACAGAAACGAAAUCGAAACUUAGUGUUAAGUACACGCGUGAACCGUGAAAUAACAUCACAGUGCUUCUGCACGUAGGCUGAGCCCGUGUGUCGUGCAGCGCUGGCGGGGACAGCGGAAGAAGCAUCGUGUAGCAUCACAUUCGGAGUUGUGUGAAUAUAUUAUAAAUUAGAAAUAUCGUUUAGGAGCCGGAUCAGCGUGCAAGUGCUCGUCUGUAACUCGUACUGUUUGUUUCAAUACACAGGGUGCUGAAUCUGCAGAUCUGUGGUGGAAAAAAGAAAACGAUAUUGUUUAUUAAGGACCGUACACUGUAUAUGUGUGAUCGGUUUCCAGGAACUGUUGUUAAUUGUGAAAGCCUCUGGAUAAAAUGAAAAACCGGGAGAGCGGUGUGGCGUGGGGGAAGCUGACCCGGGUAGGCUCUGAGACACAGUCUGAAAUCCUGCUCGUCAGCAAGCACUGCACUAUCGGGAGAAGAAAGGGCUGUGAUCUUUCUUUUCCUGCAAACAAAAUGGUCUCCAGUGAUCACUGUAAAAUUGUUCAAGAUGAAAACUCCGGGGAGGUGUGGCUGGAAGACAUGAGCACCAAUGGGACAGUGAUUAAUAAGUCAAAGAUGGUGAAGAAACAGACGUGCCGGCUGCAGAAUGGAGAUGUUAUCUAUGUUGUGUACAGGAAAAACGAACCAGAACAAAAUGUUGCUUAUAUCUAUCAUUCUAUAACUGCAGAACAGGCGCAUGUGCAAGAACUCAAAGGUGAGCCGUGUAGUGAACCCUUGAUAAGCUCAGGUAUGGAUCCCAGUGUGGAGGAAACGCCGGGCAUCGACGCCCAGUCCCCCAAAGCCAUUCAGCUGCCUCCCCAUGAGGAGCCACAGCCAUCCACUUCCACGUCUGAGCUCUACAGCACCUCCAGCGCCGCUCACCCACCCCCUUCCACAUCAGCCUCUGGAAAGACCUCUGCUGCCGACCCGUUCCCUUCUUCACAAGGACCUUGCCGCGCUUCAGACACUGUGGAUUCCUCUGUAGAGCCUCCAGAGACUGAAGCAGCAGCCGCAGCUCAGCCUGACAGCGCUGCCAUACAAGCAGAGGAGGAGGACCUGCAGCCAGACCGGAAGAGAAGAAAGACAGGAUGCAGUGAAGAGGAAAGCUCUCAGAAGGUCACUCCUAAAGAUGCUUUCAUGGAAAAGGGGAAAGCAGGGGAACCAAAAACUGAUAAAAUGGAGGAGUCUCUCACCUGUAUCAUUUGUCAGGAUCUGUUGCACGACUGUGUAAGUCUCCAGCCCUGCAUGCACACGUUCUGCGCUGCCUGCUACUCCGACUGGAUGGAGCGCUCCUCUUUCUGCCCCACCUGCCGCUGCCCUGUGGAGCGCAUCCACAAAAACCACAUACUGAACAACCUGGUGGAGGCUUACCUGCAGCAGCACCCAGAGAAGUGCCGAAGUGAGGAAGACCUGCAGAGCAUGGACAAGCGGAAUAGAAUUACUCAGGACAUGCUGCAGCCAAAGGUAGAGCGCUGGUUUUCAGAUGAAGAGGGCAGUUCGGACUAUCUGAUGGAGCUUUCCGAUGUGGACAGCGAGUCCUCUGAUAUCAGUCAACCCUUUGUGGUGUGCAGGCAGUGUCCUGGAUUCAGGAAGGACCCCAGUCUGUGCCCAGCUGUCUCUGGACAGCAGGCUGAACAGGGAGAGUUUAAACAAGCAGGGGAAGCACCAUCCACAUCCACUGACACUCCCACAGUUGCCCAGGAAUAUACCUGUCCUCCUCACGGAAGCCAUGUGAUCUGCACCUGCUGCUUUCAGCCCAUGCCUGACCGUAGAGCAGAGGUGGCGAGCCUGCAGCCUGCUCUUCAGCAGUGUACCGUGUGUCAGCGGCCCUUCUGCCACGUGUACUGGGGGUGCACUCGGAUCGGGUGUCUUGGCUGUCUGGCUCGGUUCUGCGACCUCAACCUCACUGAUAAAUGCUUAGAUGGUGUUCUCAACAACAACAACUAUGAGUCAGAUAUUCUCAAGAAUUACCUGGUGUCCAGAGGUGUGACCUGGAAGGAGAUGUUCAAGGAAAGCCUGGUGUCUCUUCAGCAAGGAGUGUUUUAUUUGUCCGAUUACCGCAUCACAGGUAAUGCCGUGCUGUGCUACUGCUGUGGACUGCGCAGUUUCAGAGAGUUAGCGUAUCAGUACAGACAGAACAUUCCUGCUGCAGAGCUGCCAGCUCCUGUAACUUCUCGGCCGGACUGUUAUUGGGGACGAAACUGUCGCACUCAAGUUAAAGCGCACCAUGCCAUGAAAUUCAACCACAUCUGUGAGCAGACCCGCUUUAAGAACUGAUGUCCCUUUGCAGUGCUUUCACACAGGAAGGAUUGUGGGAGCCCUUCCUGCAGGAUGAGUGUUCAGUUUACUGAUGCCUAGUGUUUAAGAGCAGUAGCAAGUCACCACAAACAUACAGCAAGCAGUGGGACUGGGGGUGAAGGCAAUGUGCAAUGUACUGCUGUGCUCCCUUUGUAAAGGGGAAUAUUCAAAAUAGCUUGCCGAUUUCAUAGUAACAUUUAAUACUGAUAAGAGCCUUUGGUUGGUACGUUACAUUAAUGUUAGGUCUAUGAGUAUUAUGUACUGUAUAAUGUUCUACAGCACCUGAAGGAUUCCUGUUUAUGUGGGUGCAUCCUUGUGAUAUCUAUAACAUUAGCUUUGUGGACAUGCACAUGGCAGCAUGCUAUUACUGUAUUGUACAUUGUUAUUACAGUAGGGUGUUUGUCAUCAUGAUCCUUGUGAAUGUUUCCCUAGUCGAUCCUAAUUCAAUGGGUAUGGUGCUGAUACUGCUGUCUUGGUCUAUGCAAACACUACUAUUGCUGUUGUGGUUAGAGAGUCGAACAUGAAGGGUUACUUCAGGGGAAACACUCGCAGCAGUGUGAUGUCUGGAUAAUGUUUAUUCCAAAAUAUUUAUUUCUAUUGCUUGACGAAAGUUAUGUGCAUAUAGAUUACUAUACCUACGAAUGUUUUGUAGGUAGGAAGUAUUGUGUGCCCUGCUUACCAUCAUUGAGAAUAUACAAUGUGCACACUUUGUAAUGUUCAGGACUGAGCUGCCUUGCGUACUUCCCUAGAAAACCGCCUGUAUCCCAGAAAAUGCACACGUAAAUAGAAUAAACAUCCCCGCUGGUUACAUGCACAGCAAGAUUACAGGCAUUGGAUUUCCACAGCUUCCACGAGCUGCCCAUUAAUCAAGCACAUUAAAUGAUUGUCCUGUAACAUGCUUUUCAUACAUUAGAAUUGGCGAGUCAUCCCUUCACGUUUCAUUGUGUCGGUGCUUCCUUCCUCUCCUACUGAUAGGACACAGCAGUAGACCACAGCUCUCUGUUCCAAUGGCUGCUAAUGGAAGAAUCAGACCUCCUCACGGUGGUCUGCAGGUUCCAGCUGUGUACUGCUGUGUUUUGUGGUGACAGGCUAUUCCAAAAAACGGCCAUGCACGGUGGCUUUUUUAAUGCAAGUUAAUCAAGUUUUUAUACAUCUUUUACUCAAUAAUAUGUGCACUUAAGUAGACGAUGCUGUCUCCUCCUUUUCCAGCAAAUGGUUGCCAAUGCCCAUGCCCAAUAAAUCUGUGUUUGACUUCUGGGCUCACACUGAAUUGCUAAAAUGUGCAUUUUGUUAACCUCUGUCUUGUUUGGUCCUAACUGGCUCAUGUACGCACAGCGUGCCUGUCUGUCUGUCUGUCUGGUUCUAGUUGUGUGCUUCAGUGUAUGGGGUGGGUGAUGCUUGCUGGAUGAGAUGCAGUCACUUUAACGAGAAAGCCUUAUAAGCAUUCUGCUGUGUAUUGUACAGUUUUAGAAGUCGCAGUGAUAAAGCAUUAGUUAGGACUCAUAGGAAAAUGACUUGGUUCUUUAGUGCUGUGCUGUUUGUUUUAUUUACUGGUUGGGUAGUAAUGUGUAAAGCUGAAAAACGGCAGCUCUUUGUGGUGUGGUUUGCUGCUCUCUACACUACAAAAGAACAGCAGGCUUACUUUACCUAGUCUAUCCAGAACAAGAUUCUUGCCAUUGAAGUGUUAGUUUGCAUUGUCUAAGAUUGGUUUGUUAUGUUCAGCAUUGCAAUGCAGUUACUGGGACAUUCUAAUUCCUGGAUGCAUUUCUAACUAAUGGAAGUUUAACACUUGCCUAUGAAUUUACCUAUGGUUAAUGGGUCCAGACCCAGCAUAAAAAAGGCACGUUUGUUUGAUUGAGUUCUUAGGUACGGUGCAGAUUUAACAAAACAGCAGUUUAUUCUUCUGGAGUCUUAACUGCAAACAGAUGGUAAUCCCAUUUAGGCACCGUUUGUUUUUAAAUGUAAAAUACUCUGAUCAGUGUUAGCAGCCCAGCUUUGUGUAUAUAGUGACAGAUACCCGUGCUGCACACAGUUUAGCUGUUGUGUGUCUUGAUUCAGCCAGGCGCUGUCACAUUGCAGCAUUCCAACACCAAGCAUGCUUGGACCUGAACUCCAGCUAGCACCUCUGUGGAGCUGCUGAAUUCCUGUCGUUUUGAACACGAGACUGCCAGCACUCUGCUCAAAAGAAAAACACAAAACCCUACCUCAUCCAGGCUUGCACGACAAUUACAAAAUACGCUUUGUGUUCAAGUCAGCUUUCUGGCGUCAUAGCAGUAUGAUAAACACCGUUAUUCUGAGAAACGUAAAAACCAAAUCGCUAGCGAUGCUUCCUCUCCUUGUGUAUUGGUGCAGUUUAGAAAAUCACUUACUGGUGAAAAGAGCAAUGUACUGUACUGAAGAAAAAUGAACACAUUUGAAAUGUUUUUUGGGUCACACUAAUAAAAUACUAUCAACA